GGACCCAUAGGGCCACCAGGAAAAGCUGGAGAACUGGGCACCCCCGGAUCUAAAGGCGACAAAGGUGACAAGGGUGAAGCUGGCGAGCCAGGGUCUGAGGGUACCACCGGACUCCCAGGAUUUGACGGAAUGCCAGGCUCCCCUGGGGCAAAGGGCGAUCGAGGCGAGCCAGGACUUCCUGCUGGACUGGAGGCUGGAGAGUGGGAACCAAAGAUUAUCGAACUCAAAGGAGAACCGGGAGAACCGGGACCAGCCGGCCCCAAGGGAGAAGGCGGAGAACCGGGUCUACCUGGAUUCGAUGGAGUGGGCGGCCCUCCAGGAGACAGGGGCCCCGAGGGACCCCCCGGACCUCAAGGACCCCCAGGAAGGGACGGCGCCCCAGGAGCUCCGGGCUCCAAAGGAGAGUUAGGGAUCCCAGGGAUGCCUGGCAUGCCUGGUCGACUGGGGCGACAGGGCCCCCUGGGGCCUCAGGGAACCCCCGGGGAGAAGGGAGACACGGUGUUCAACGGCCGCCCUGGCCCUAGAGGGUACCCCGGCUUACCAGGUCCUUCGGGGCCCAGAGGGGAGCUAGGCUUGCCUGGAGGCCGGGGAUCUGUGGGACUGCCGGGACCCACGGGCGCCAAGGGCACCAGGGGCAAGAGGGGGAAACGGGGUAGGCGAGGCGCGAGAGGGAAGACGGGCUUCACGGGGUUCCCAGGUCCUCAAGGACCGCCAGGGGAACCCGGAAACCUGGGCCCCAGGGGCAUGAAGGGAGCGCUGGGUCUCCCUGGGCAACAGGGGCCAAAGGGAAGUCCUGGAAUCCCAGGCAGAAAUGGACUGGACGGCAUAGCAGGCACAAUAGGACCGGCUGGGGAGCCAGGAACAAAGGGAGACAAUGGCGAAGUGGGCAUGCCAGGUGUCCCAGGAGCUAUUGGACCGCCCGGCCUGCCAGGACCACCAGGUGAACCAGGCGUUAUCGAAACCGUUGGUACUGGUAAUGGAGACGGGUUGCCAGGACCCCCGGGGCCGCCUGGUCCUAUGGGGCCCAUGGGACUGCAGGGACCUCCAGGUAUUAAGGGAGAUAGAGGCCCUUUGGGACCAGAAGGUGACCAAGGCGAACGGGGAGAUCGAGGGGACCCAGGAUCUAUAGGAUUGCCCGGACCAAUAGGCAAAUCAGGCGAACCGGGACCUCCUGGUCCGCCCGGCGUAGCGACCAACAGUGACGGCACCUGCCAGUGUGAGAAGGGAGAAAAGGGAGACAAAGGACCUACCGGCAAGCGAGGUCGGCGAGGAAGGAAAGGUCUGAAGGGAGACAAGGGAGACCCGGGAAUCCCCGGCCUGGACGCCCCCUGCCCACUGGAUGAGGACGGUCUCCCCAUACCAGGAUGUGGCUGGUUCCCCUCAGAAAACGGUCCACAGAUAUACGUAAAACCGCACCCGGACGAAGUUAGCCUAAGGUAGAGAUAUUGUCUCUUCUCUUUGUGUGUGCACACAGUUAUGCAUCUUGGAAAUAGAACAAUAAUUUAACUGUGCAAUAAUUGCUGUCAUAAGUCGAGAUUUUAAGAGCGGCGAGAGUUUUGAACAAUGUUUUGUAAAAUCAACACUUGAAUGACAUACAGCUGAGCCUUCAAGAAAGCAUCUAUUGAAACCAUGGAGAGGUUUAUUGUAAAAACAAAUUAAAUGCUUCAAGUAAGAAAUAACAGCACAAUCAGAGCUAUUGGAAAUUUGGUUUGUGUUCCCUUUAGGUAGUUUUGCUUUCCAUCAACAUAUUAGACAUCAGUGUAUCUGAUAUUUCCCAGUUUUAAAAGAUAUAACAUCUAGAAAUCUAGAAGACUUAAACUCUAUGAUAUUAUACAAUUACUCUGGACAACUUAUCAAUGAGCAAUCUACCAAUACGUAUGUAACCCUUUUAAAAGAAAUCGUUUAAAGUCUUCGCACAUUGCCUUCAUCUUAAUGUCUGCCUCAGAAAGAGAAUAUUUAAAAAACCCAUCUCAUGUAGUCUUGAUUGAAGAGGCAUGAACACCCCGUUACAAAACUUUGCCCGAACUGAAUGCGUUGGCACUUCAUUCCAUAACAGCUUGUCUUUCUUUCUUUUUAUUUCUGAGAACAGAUCUCUCGUGUGGCUGCAGAAUGCUGUACACCCCACUAAUAUAUGUAUUAUUAUUUAUCACAUGUUGCUUUCUCUUUGUUUUUAUCUCUGAAGUGUAUUUGGUUGUGGGACAUCAUGAAUGACAUCAUAACUAUGGCGAGAUUGCCGCGAGUUUGAAUCCCCACCCCCCUAACACUUGACUGAAAACUGCAUUGUGUAAUUUCUGUUUGAUGAUACAUAUUUAGCGUGUGGUUUGAGUUAGGGCUGGACUGACUCGACUGCGAGCCCUGUGGAAGGAAACCAUAGAUUUGUAUCAUGUAAUAUCCUAGACUUUGCACUCUGAUGUACUUCCGGUUCACCAUGGGGCGCACCAUUUUAUUCU